GCAGCAUAAAUAGCACCCCAUCUUUGCACCGAGCAAUCAAAAACUCGCACACUUGUAGUAGGAAGUUUUCCCCGCCGCCGCCGGCGACGAUGGCCGGAGCCGGAGACGGCGACGGGCGAGCCGUCCCCGUCCGCGGGCGCGUGGUGCUGUUCCCGCUGCCGUUCCAGGGCCACCUGAGCCCGAUGCUGCAGCUCGCCGGGGCGCUCCACGCGCGCGGGGUCGCCGCCACCGUGCUGCACACCGACUACAACGCGCCCGACCCGGCGGCGCACCCGGAGUUCGCGUUCGUCGCCGUGCCGUCCGGGGCCGUCUCGGCGGCGCUCGCCGCGGCGCCCGGGGACGGGAUCGCCAAGAUCAUGGCGCUCAACGCCGCCAUCGAGGCGUCCGGGUGCGCCCGCGACGCGCUCGCGUCGGUGAUCUCGGGGUCGGCGCCGCCGCGGCCGGCGUGCCUGGUCAUCGACGCCGCCCUCCCCGGCGCGCAGAAGGCCGCGGCGGAGCUCGGCCUGCCGACGAUCGUGCUGCACACCGGCAGCGCGGCUGCGUUCCGCCUGUUCAGGUCGUACGCCAUGCUCCGCGAGAAGGGCUACUUGCCAGCGAAAGAGUCUGAGCUGAACAGGCCAAUAAAGGAGAUGCCACCACUGCGAGUGUCGGACCUGUUUGACCCAAGCAAAUACUUCAACGAGGAAAUGGGGAACAAAAUCUUGGCCCUCUCAACCGAAACCACAACGAACUCCUCCGGGGCCGUGGUCAACACAUUCGAAGCUCUCGAGACACCUGAGCUGCAGUCAGUUCGUGACGAGCUCGGCGCCACCAUUCCGGUGUUCGCCAUUGGCCCUCUCCAUAAGCUCUCCAACAAUGGCGACAGGAGCAGCCUGCUCGAGCAGGACCGGAGCUGCAUCGAGUGGCUGGACACGAAGGAGCCUGGCUCUGUGCUAUAUGUGAGCUUUGGGAGUGUGGUUAGGGUGAAUCAGGAUGAUUUCACGGAGGUGGCAUGGGGUUUGGCAAACAGUGGAAGGCCUUUCCUAUGGGUUGUUCGACCCGGCCUCGUGGCCGGUAGCUCUGGGAAACCGGAUCUACCGGAUGGGUUUCGGGAGGCGGUCGAGGAUAGGGGCAAGAUGGUUGAUUGGGCGCCGCAAGCGGAGGUGUUGGCUCACCACGCGGUUGGCGGGUUUUGGACGCAUAAUGGGUGGAACUCGACGUUAGAGAGUAUUUUUGAAGGAGUCCUGAUGUUGUCGAGACCUAGUUUUGGUGAUCAGCCAGUGACCGCAAGGUAUGUGCAAGAGACGUGGCGCACAGGGUUUUUGGUGGAGGGUAAGGUAGAGAGAGGGAAGAUUGAGAAGGCCAUUAGGAGGUUGAUGGAAGGGGAGGAGGCAGCUGAGGUUAAGGAGAGAGCAGAUGAACUUAAGAAGCAAAUGUUGAUGUGCUUGGAGGACGGUGGAUCUACUCAACAAGCCGUAGAUAAGUUGGUGGAUCAUAUAUUAUCUCUAUGAGGUUUUUUCCUCUUUCCUGAACUAAUGUCUGAUAUAUUAUGUUUUAGUGUUUACGUAUGUCUAUGAUCAUAGCCUUUUGUUGAUAGACCUAUUAUAAGUUUUGUAUAUCUCUUUUAAAUAAAACGGAAAAAGGACUCUUUCUCAAAAGAGAUAGGCAGUCAUCGCAUUAUCUACUUGAUUAUGAUAUUGAUUUUGAUCCAACGGAUAAUGCAAAUCGAGGGCUCGCCAACCUAUACAAAUU